AUGCGGCCACUCCUGCUCCUGGUGGUCCUUCUCCUGCCCCCCAGGGCUAGGGCAGGGCAGAUCAUCGGAGGCCAAGAAGCCAGGCCCCAUUCCCACCCUUACAUGGCAUAUGUUCAGAUCCGAACUCCAGGUCUGAAAAUUUGUGGGGGGUUCCUGGUGCGAGAAGACUUUGUGGUGACAGCAGCUCACUGCUUGGGAAGCCAAAUAAAUGUCAUCCUGGGGGCCCACAACAUCAGGAGGUUGGAAAGGACUCAGCAGCGCAUACCAGUGCUCAGAGCCAUCCCCCACCCCAGGUACAAUCCGCAGAACAACUGGAAUGACAUCAUGUUACUGCAGCUGAGGAGCAGGGUAAGAUGUAAUCGAGCUGUGAGGCCGGUGGCUCUGCCUCAGACCCACAGCAGGCUGAGUCCUGGGACCCUGUGCACUGUGGCCGGCUGGGGCCUUGUCGGCCUGAACAGGAGAACAGACACGCUCCAGGAUGUAUGGAUCAGCGUGCAGAGGGGUGAGGAGUGCAGGAGACGCUUCAUGUUGUACACCCGCCGAACACAGAUUUGUGUGGGCGACCCAAGAGAGGGGAAAUCCGCCUUCUUGGUGGAAAGAAUACUUGACGAUGGAGAGGGGAGGAGAGAGCUGUGGAAGAGCCCUCGUCCAGCCCUUCCUCUCUGUGACAUUUGCUUAGAGCCCCAGAGCACCACCCAGGUCGGGACUCAGUCCCCAGGAAACUCCCAGGGCAGACCCACCUCUCCGCUGAGCCUCCCCCUGCCAGUCAGCACUUCCCAGGCAGCUCUCUGCCUCCAGCGGCCCUGCUGGAAAUGUUUCUACAGACCUCACCGUGCUCACCUCCAGAGGACAGUUCCCUACAUGACCAUCCCAGAAGCCAGUUCCACCGCCUCUCACAGCUCAGCAUCCUCCCCUGAUAAGUAA